AUGGCUAUCCUUCCGCGACAAUAUUGCAACAACUACUACGAUGACAACUGUGGCUACUCCUCCUGGGACAACUGGGGUCGCUGGGUAGCGUUCGCCGUUAUCGUCGGCUGCGCCUUUAUAGUCUUCUUCUUGUUCGCCUGCUUUAACGCUCGCCGUCGCCGUCGCCUCGGUCGGCGCCCGAUGGCGGGAACCGCCUGGAUGGCACCACCACCAGGCCCUCCCCCGCCCAACCAGCCCAUCUAUCAACAGCCCUACUACGGCAACGAUCCCAACUUCCCAGCCCAGCCACCUCCGCAAUACUCCGCGAACCCGCAAUCCUACGGCUACUUCGGCGCACAGGGGCCCCCUCCCGUGCAAAGCGAAAUCGAAAUGCAGCCGCCACCCAACACCUACGGCGCCGGUGGUCGCGAAUAUGCUCCACCCCAUGGACCCCCUCCACCCAAGGCGUGA